AUGACCGGAUGUGAGUUUUACUACGAAUUUGUUUCGACUUUGAACCCAUCAAACGACUCGCAUAGGGCAACUGUCAUACCUGCAUCAUUCGGCGAUGACCGCUUCACCUUCACGAUCGGUGGGGACCGUGUAGAUUUAGAAAGGGUAUCGUCAAGCAAAGGAGAAUUUAUCAAGGCGUUCCAGGAUAUCACGGGAAGAACUGAUAUUGAAUUCGGCGACUUGAUAUAUAUGGGGACGUGGAGGUUGAAUAUUCGGAUGACUGAUAAAUUUAGAGAACGAAGGGUCUUCAUUGCUGGGGAUGCUGCUCAUGUUCAUAGUCCCAUGGGAGGCCAGGGACUGAAUUCGAGUGUCCAAGACGCUGUCAACCUCGGUUGGAAACUAGCACUCGUUCAAAGAGGCCUUUCUCCAGUCAGCCUUUUAGAUAGCUACACCGAAGAACGACUCCCCGUUAUUGCCUCCAUGCUCGGUAAAACAACAGAGUUAUUCCGCAAAGGUCAAGCAUCAUUUGGAUCCGCCACCGCUGAAGAAGGGUGGCGCAGAGGCUUUGAAAUUCGCAUGUUUGGUGUCAACUAUCGCGGUAGCUCCAUUGUUUACGACGAAAAGUAUACCGAACCGAAAGAGCAGGCGGAUCCAUAUCGCGCUGGACAGGACGAUACAGUACAAGCUGGAGAUCGAGCGCCGGAAGCGCCUGGACUUGUCGAGGAUGGUAAUAGGACGACGAGUUUGUACGAGGUGUUCGAACCCACCGCGCAUACGGUCUUGAUUUACGAUGGCCAUAGAAACGAUCCUGUGCCAGUACUCGAGCAUUUGCUGAAGUACCCUCGCGGCCUCGUACAAUGUGUUAUCAUUCAUCCCCGCUCCGCUUCUCCGCUUCCGGGUGCUAACGGCGCAAGUCGUAUUAUGGAGGAUUGUGAAGGGUUCGCGUAUAAGAAUUACAAGAUUGAGGAGGGGGAUGUGAAACGGGUUGUGGUUGUGAGGCCAGAUGCUCAUGUUGGUGCUCUGGUGGAAGGCGUGGAAGGUUUAAGAGAAUAUUUUUCGCGAAUUCUGGUGACUGUUUAA